UCAGAGGUCUCGGCUGUUAAAUUGCGCUGUCGCUAUAUGCAAUUGCAUAUUCCCUCUCCGAUAGAAUUAAUAGAAAAAAGUAGCAAAGCCGCUUAAUUCUGAACACCAGAAUUAGCUUCGGUGUGUUCGUUCCUGGUCGAAAAAAAACUGUUUGUGUUUUCCCCAAAGAAAAACGUCAUAGGUGAAAGAAAUCAUGCCUUUCGGUAACACCCACAACAAGCUGAAGAUGAACUACUCUGCGGAGCAGGAGUACCCRGACCUGAGCCAGCAUAACAACCACAUGGCCAWGGUGCUCACUCCAGAGAUGUACGCCAACUUGCGGGACAAGGAAACUCCAAGUGGAUUUACAGUGGGUGAUGUCAUUCAAACUGGGYUUGAUAACCCAGAGGAAGUGGGUGCGCUUGGACCCGACCUGGAGGCAACAAUGGUUAAUCUAUCACCUGCAAUGGAGGGCAGUCCCAAAACAGUACAUGGGAAGUUUAGGCAUAAACUGAAAUUACCAAAAAUACCAGGCUUUGUGCGACGUAAACGGAGCCCCAAACCCAUAGGGGAGAGCAAUCCUCCUCAAACAGAUGUGCUUUUGGACUUUAUGGAGAACCUGAAGGAAAAUCUCUUGGUGGAGGCAUGCCAGCAGUUGCUCUUGCGAGAGGACAAGCUCUUUGGCCAAGAAACCAUGACGGUAGAGGGGUUGGMUCAGGUUUGCAACGAGGACGAUAAAGACACGCUCCAAAAAGACUAUGAAACCCUGCUGCUCCACUUAUGGAUGGCAGUUCACACCACCUUUAGUUCCACACCCUCAGGWGAACACCUAGAGAUACUUCGGAGUGCGGUGGAAACCAUAACGCUGCUGGAAGAGAAGGACCAGCAAUGGGAAGGGCGGCCCGAGGGCAGCAGCGAGGCCCCCGUGUGGCGMCCACACCAGUCCCGGCGCACCCACGACACCCUGCUUGAAAAAAUGGUGGAAUCUCGAAUGAGGAAUGCGGCAGUGGAGGAGGACAAUAUUAYCGUUAGCAGUGUGGACAGCCUGUCAACGUCCAUGAAAAGGGAGGUAUGUAGGAUGGGCAAGUGUCUGAAGGAGGACGUUCUCAGGYUMGCKAGMGARYUYAGGGACUGCUACCCCCRAGACUUUGACGUGUGCAACUUGUACGUGAGACUUUACCAUCAGAAGUUCUCAGCAAGGUUAACGGAACUGGCCCGCUCUGGGCUCGAUGUGGAUGACUGUAACUACCUCCUCUGCUGGGUGAAUAAUUACUAUCCAAAUGACAUCUUAAAACACAAAGACCUUGAGGGGCACAUCAACAUGGAGUCUUUGGGAACUCUUUUAUCUGAGAAGGAUCUCACAACAUUGGAGGAGCAGUAUCUACUACAAAAAGAGAGUAAACUCAGGACCUGGUUCUCAAUGCUCUCAGUAAGGAGGAGGAGGGUUGGCUCAGUGGAAAGAGUCCAGAACUCAUUGACGGGUACUGCUUCUGUCCUCUGGCCAUUGACAUCAUACAGAUAUGAAGCUGUUGAUGGGGCCAUGAGAGAGGCCAGGACUAUUUCGGGCAGUGAGGCUAAAGCCCAGAGAAUCCUGCGUCAGCUGGACAGCUUCCUGAUAAGAGACUUCAUAGUGAGAAGAGAGGAGUCAAUCCCAGAAGAGACCAAGACAAGCUGUAUGUCCACAUUGGCAGACCUGAGAGACUGUGGCUACGGAUACUUCACCGGCCCCAUACAUGAGGAGCUCAGGGUGCAGUACCAUAGGCUGUGGACGCAGGCCUGGUUUACUGGGGGUCAGAUGGUACUGGAUGAAGUUCUGGGGACACUGGACAGACACAUGCAGCAAUUCACAGACCUCAAACCCAUCUGUAUGGAGGAGCUGCUGGGCCGGCUCCACAUGGAGAUGAUGGUGGAGUAUGUGAAGAGGAUGAUGAAGAGGAAGAUGASGCUGAAGAACAAGGAGCAGCAGGAGGCAGCAGCCAAUUUACUGGCUGAAGACAGCAGCAAUCUGAGCAUCUACUUUACUGAAGCGGGGUCCAAAAUAAGCUGGCUGAGUGAGGUCCUCCCUAAAAUSGCGGAGGUGGUCAGACUGCAGGACCCAGGAAGCAUCCAGCUGGAGAUCGUCACCCUGGCUAGGGACUUCCCAGACCUUAGUUGGAGACAUAUUUCGGCUCUGCUUUCCCUCAAAGCCAACCUAUCCCCGGCUGAUGUCCGAGGUAUCAAAGAGAGCCUGGUAGAGAACCGGCCCACGGUCACCACCUUCAAUACCAUCCCACCAUUCUUCUCCAAGGUCCCAGCGGGCAAAACUUGGUACAUGUGCAGACCAGCGUGCAUCUGUUAUGGGGGAAGGGGGUUUUCAAGCCAAGAUUAGACAUUGGGCAAUCUACCCAUUUUGGCGCUCCUCUCGAAUGGCUACAAUGGUACUGUAUGCACAUUCACUUAGCAAGUCUACUCUUGUGUAGGUGAGUGUACAAGUGGAAGGGGAUAGAUGUCUGUGUGGGUGGGGACAUGUGCAUCCCACAAUUGUGAUGAAAUAAUAUCUGCUUGCCUAAAUGUUGAUUCUCUAUUAGCGGUUCCUUUGUCAAAGGUCGCUAUCCUUUUGGAGGAAGUUCUAUCAAUCUAAUGUGAAAGGAAUUAAGGCAUUAGAUAAAAUAUAUAUACAGUGCCUUCGGAAAGUAUUCAGACCCCUUGACUUUUUCU